AUGGAAGCCAUCAGCCAGGCAGGUGCGGCAGUUGGAAUGAAAACACGUUCUGGAGUUACUAUAGCUGCAGAAAGGAGAAUUUUAUCCAAGCUCCUAGAAAGCAGUGAAAAGGAGAAAACAUAUUAUAUAAAUGAGCAUAUUGCUGUAGCUGUUGCUGGAAUCAGCUCGGAUGCAAAUAUUCUUGUGAACUACGCAAGAGUUGUUGCACAACGACAUUUAUUUACGUAUGGUGAGCCAAUACCAGUGGAACAGCUUGUACAGGCAGUUUGUGAUCAAAAACAAGGAUAUACUCAAUUCGGAGGCCUGAGGCCUUACGGGGUUUCCUUUCUGAUCGGUGGCUGGGAUAAAGAGUUCGGAUUCCAACUUUAUCAGAGUGACCCUGCUGGUAACUACACAGCGUGGAAGGCAACUGCGAUAGGUAAUAAUGCUCAAAGUGCACAUGCUCUCCUAAAAUCAGAGUAUGUUGAAACUCUGAAAUGUGAAGAGGGACGAGAGCUCAUCUUGAAAAUUUUGAGAAAAAGCAUGGACAAAACACAACUUAUGCCUGAAAAUAUUGAGAUGCUUGAAAUAAACAAGGAUUUAUAUUCACAAAACGUCAUAAUUCGCAUGUUGACAAGAGAUGAAAUUCAUGCAGCUUGUUCUAAAAUAAAUUUGUAA